AGGGGUGGCACCCUGCAUACUGGUGGGUCGAUCACCAUUCAUGAGCAUGCCAUUCGUAUGGCACAGGCUCUAGGACGGGCGGUCCAUGUUGAUGAGGUCUUUGCACAAACUCAUGUUCGGAAGGGAACUAAUCAAUUUGUUGAUGAAAGAUCUCGGAAGACUCAUGAAGACUUUUCUACGAGACUUUCACAGGUUAGAUCUGAACAUGAGUCAGCUCCUACACCGGAUGAUGCCAGUAAUGCAGAUGAUGACAUCCGUAGGACACAGUGCUGGAUCAACAUCGUUGGUGGGAAGAAAAAGGGACGAGUGUAUGGUGCGGGACAGCUUGCUGCAAACUAUACAGCAUCCAGAGGAGGAACUCUGAAGCACCAGCCUUCUUCCACCAGUACUCCUGACGAGGUUCUUCAACUCAGGCAGGAACUCCAUCAACGUGACCAGGAGAUCACUGAUCUCAAAGCAGAGUUUACAAAUUUUAAGGCCAUGGUCAUGAAAGUCUUGCCUCCAACCUCACAGGACGAACAAAAUAUCCCUCUCACCCAGUCACGACCCUCCUCAUCACCUGCUGCCACUCAGCAGCCCACAUCAGUCCAACCCACACCAGUCCAGCCAUCAGUAGAGGAGCAGGAUGAUGAAGAUCAUUCUGAUGAUAGUUAUGUACAUUAUUAGUUUCAUUUUCUUCUUACUUUGUUAGACAAACAUUUAGAUAUUAGAACAUUUUAGACUUGAUAUCAUUUCAGUGUUAGUUAGAUCUACUUCCAGACUUUGGAUGUUAGAACAUCCUUUUGUUACAUUGUUUUAUAUUUGAACUAUAAUUACA